AUUAAUCCGAGCGUGCUUUGCUAAACUACUAACCUAAAUAAAAUCAUUACGUAACUGACUUUAGGACCUUUGGCUACCUAUCCUUUUUACGGCACUGACUAAAUACUUACUUUUUUGUGUGUGGUUUUUCCUUUGCUUUGCAGAAAUGUGGAAAUUCUUAGGCGUCGCCGAUAUAACCGAGAAUAAAAAUAUAUGGCGCAUGCUGCUCGGCGAGCUACUCGGCACAUUUUUCUUGAUCGCCAUCGGCGUUGGCAGCACAACGAGCGGAAGUGUACCGCAGAUUGCAUUCACCUUUGGCUUAACGGUGGCCACACUGGCACAGGGCUUGGGACACCUCAGCGGCUGUCACAUCAACCCGGCCGUGACCCUGGGCUUCCUGGUUGUCGGUGAGAUCAGCAUCUUGAAAGCGGCCUUCUACAUCAUUGUCCAGUUAGUGGGAGCCAUCGCCGGUGCUGCUAUUAUAAAGGUGGCCCUCGACGGCGUCGUGGGCAGCGGCCUGGGCGUAUCCAUGUAUGAUACGUCCCUGACUGUGGGCCAGGCAGUGCUGAUUGAGGCUCUAAUCACCUUUAUUCUGGUGUUUGUGGUCAAGGCCGUGUCGGAUCCGAGCCGUCAGGACAUCAAGGGUUCGGCGCCCCUGGCCGUGGGCCUGUCGAUUGCCGCCGGACAUCUGUGUGCGGUCAAGUUGAGCGGCGCCAGCAUGAAUCCGGCACGCUCCUUUGGCCCAGCCGUUGUCCAUGGCAUGUGGACCGAUCACUGGGUAUACUGGGUGGGUCCCAUUGCCGGCGGCCUCGUGGCCGCUCUCAUCUACAGGUUCAUCUUCAAGGUUCGCAAGGAUGAUGAGGCCGAUUCGUACGACUUCUAAGACCGGAGGUCGUGACACGAUUCGCCUCCAUAUUGUUGUAAACGCUUAGAGUUCCCAGUUUCCCGCUUCCCACUUACCAUUUUCAUUCGCCUGGCAUCACCCAACAACGCAUCGAAUUCGAUUCAAAAUUCUCCUAGAUUAGGCCAUCUCCUAUCCCUGCCCCACAAUUAUGCAAUUUUAUUUGUUAAAGAAUGAAACGCAAUCGCCUUGUUUUAGUGGUAAUCUUAAGCUAAAUUAUAUGUUAUGCGCACUUUCGAAGAAAAGCCACCAACCAUCGAAAUUGUACCUCGAAAUCACUUUUAAUUGUCGAGCACCCACCAGCGCACCUCUUUGAUAAAUUAAGAAUUGUAUUAUGAUUAUAUGUA